GUACCCUUUCCACUGGGGGGAUCGGAUUGCACCAUGGUGCUAGUUAAGAGAAAUCCCGAGACAGGUUUAACAGGAAUGUCUGAACAUCUGAGCACUUCCUGCUUGUACUAACCCCUUCUGGAGAAGCAGGAAGUGUUUGGAGGUGGGCUUCAAGGCUGUCAGACCACAGUGUACCAGAGAGGAACGAGGAGUCCAGCCACAUCAUGCUUCUUGUCGCUCUUGCAGCAGCCACUGAAGAGAUGAUACAGCUCUAGUGAAAAAGCUGUCUCCACAACUUGCUUUACAGUAUCUUUCAGCACAAUGGACUCAUUUUAAGAAUUGUACCAGUAAUCAAAAAUCAUUUAGGAACGAGAACACUGGACUUUGAGGAGUGAGAGACUUUAAAGAGAGCCUGGAAAAACAGUCACUGAAACCCACCCAGUUUGGGCCAUACAGCUUGGGAAUGAAUACUAUUGAGACAGCGAAGCUUGAAGACCAUAUGGAGGGUCAAAACAAUGAUGCUUCUAAUGGCUACACACGACCUACUCUCUCAGUCAGUGAGGAGAACAAAAAUGGCAAUAGCAAACCAAAGGGCUUGUCCAAUGGCUUGCGAAAAACAGCAAAGAAAUAUCCCGAUUACAUCCAGAUUGCUAUGCCUGCUGAGUCAAGGAACAAAUUUCCUCUGGAAUGGUGGAAAACAGGCAUUGCCUUUGUCUAUGCUCUCUUCAACUUGAUUUUAACAACUGUCAUGAUCACUGUGGUCCAUGAGAGAGUACCUCCGAAGGAGCUUAGCCCUCCCUUGCCUGAUAAAUUUUUUGAUUAUAUUGAUCGUGUGAAAUGGGCUUUUUCCGUAUCAGAAAUAAACGGAAUGAUACUAGUUGGAUUAUGGAUAUUCCAGUGGUUAUUUCUAAGAUAUAAAUCAAUAGUGGGACGCAGGUUUUUUUUUAUAAUAGGAACUUUGUACCUGUACCGCUGUAUUACUAUGUAUGUUACCACUUUACCUGUGCCUGGAAUGCAUUUUCAGUGUGCGCCAAAGUUGAAUGGAGAUUCUCAGGCAAAGUUGCAGAGGAUCCUGCGACUGAUAUCUGGUGGUGGUCUGUCCAUAACUGGAUCUCACAUCCUCUGUGGAGACUUUUUGUUUAGUGGUCACACUGUAGUGCUAACACUGAUCUACCUGUUCAUCAAAGAGUAUUCACCACGUCAUUUCUGGUGGUAUCACUUAAUCUGCUGGCUGAUGAGUGCUGCUGGAAUAAUUUGUAUCCUUGUUGCUCAUGAACACUAUACUGUAGAUGUCAUCAUCGCUUACUACAUCACCACACGGCUCUUCUGGUGGUACCACUCAAUGGCUAAUGAAAAGACUCUAAAGGUCUCUUCACAGACAAACUUUCUCUCUCGAGCAUGGUGGUACCCAAUAUUUUAUUUCUUUGAGAAGAAUGUGCAAGGCUCUGUUCCUUGCAGCUUCUCCUGGCCAAUAUCUUGGCCUCCCAGCUGCUUCAAAUCUUCAUGCAAAAAGUAUUCACGGGUUCAGAAGACGGGAGAAGACAAUGAAAAAUCUACUUGAAGAAAAGCAUCUGCUCUGUUUUUUUUACCAAAACGUUAAUGCUGUAACCAAAGUUCUUAAGAGGACUAUGCUAACUGAAGAAGUGGACCAAACUUCUGUGCAAUUGAUUGGAAAGACGAUUGUAGAUGAAUAUAUUGCCGUUUCGUAAUGUUUUCCUAUCAUCACACUGUACAGACCUAUUCUUCAGUGCUAGUAGAAUGCACCACUGAUGGGACAUUUCCUGAAAGAAAAUGGAGCAAGACUUUGCUUUACUAAUGUGAUAGAGGUGCCAAAGACCACAUUAACACUUUCAUUACUAACUCGCUCAUCCACAGAAGCACCCAAAAAUGUCAUCGUGAGAGAUCUGGAGUGUAAGGGCAGACACAUGCUAAACUCUAAAAGCACGAUAUCAGUGUAUUGAAGUAUACAAAAAAAUAACACAGUUGUGGGAAGUGGUUUGUUGCACUAUCCUUGCUAAUGAAGGUAAGACCUUUAUGUGACUAGUAGAGCUGGAGGCAAGUCUUGAAUAUUUUCUACAUGCUGUGGGCAUGAAUAUCUUAUGACCCUAAAAUACUACUACCACUAUUACCUUCCAUAUACUCUAUAUCAAUUUUUACAUUUUAUUAAUAUUUUAUAUUUAAACUGUUGUGCUACCAGAUAACUUUGCAAGUUAGGAAUAGCUGCUAACAUCAGAGCUCAAGGAGCCUAAAACAUUAUUUUUUAAAAAGGACAUAAUUUCAAAGUCUAAGUCUAUACACAAGGCCGAACUGCAGUUAGAGCUAUACAGUGACUGUUGGUGUAUGUAUAUGCAUAUACACAAAAGCACACACUGUGUAGUUAAACAUGUUAACCAAAACCACUCAUCUGAAAAGAGUGAUCAUACUGUUGAUAAUUCAGGCAAAGUCCUGUUGAUCUCACCGCUUGAGAGACUGGGUCUGAAAUGGGGCUAUAUUUAAAAUGAACUUUUAAUUUUAGUAGCUAUUUCCUGUUGAAACUAUGUAGCAAGUUUGCUUGGGAGCCAUAGUUCUGCAUCGAGUUUAUUUUUUUUUUUACCUGUUGGCACAUAUUUCUGUGACUUAUUUGGAAAAAAACACAUGAGGUAAAUAAAAACAACAGUAGCAUUUCUUCAAUUAUUACCUAAAAUCAUUUCAUAAUAAAUUUAACUGGGGUAUAACUCAUGCAAAUCCCUUUUUUUUCCCCCAGGGUUUUAGUCCAACUAAAAUGGCUAUAUGAGCUUGUUGGCUGAGAAUGUAGGAAACUGCCAUGGUGUAAACAUGUAACAAAAAUGCAAAUUAACAGCUACCUGGUUCUUGUUGCUUUUUGUUUUGUAUUGUUGGGGGGAAAAAAGCAAAGUAGAAAACUAGCAUACCAUGCUUAACAACUCAUUGUCUGUAUUCAUUUCUGCAGUUAACUCAGUUUCAUUUCCAAGUCUUCAGUUAAUCCUGACAGCAAAGCAAAAACGGCAUUAAGAGUUGAGGUGGAAAUGGUGUUUAUUUUAAGAAUGUCUUGAACUGAGUAACAAGUGUGGACAUAGUUUAAAUAAUGACAACUUGUUUUUAAAAAGAAUCCAGUUAAAGUAUUAAAAUGCAAUAUAGAGUAUUCAAAUAUGAUUUUUUAGUUAAGGGGAUCAAUAACUAAGUUGUACAUGAGAAUUAAUGUGCAUUUCAAAUAUUUUUGUGCGUUAUCAAAGUAAAAUACAAUAAACAAUGUUCCUUACAAUAUAUCCUUGGCAAAACUUAGUUAAGAAAGAAAUUCUGCUGAUGUUUGGUUUUGUUAUGUUAAGUAAGUUUCUCAGAAUUUUCUAAUAUGCCCCUGGAAGUUGCGUGUGUAUGGACAUACCUAUGCAGUCAUUUGCUUACUCCUUAUAGAUCUUGAGCUGCUAAAAGGCUGGUAUCAAAACACUUGCAUAAAAGUCCUUUUUUAUUAUUGUACCACUGAAUUAGUUCAAUGACAGUCUAUAAAUCUCCCAAGAUGCUUGUUGGAUCACUAUAACUUCAUAGAGCAUAAUAUCUUUUUGAAGUUGAACUCUAGGCUUUGGUAUCUUAAAUAUGUUCAUGUUAAGCCACUUCUUGUAAUACUACCUUCUAGAAAAUCGUGAAUGAAUUUCACUAGUGUUAACCAUGCCUUAAAAAUAACAUGAUGCAAUGCAUUCCAGUAAGGAGCUUAAACAGUGGCUUUCAUCCGGUGGCUGAAUGAUAAAUGCUUUGAUAACAUAGCUAACUAAUCAUCUGCAUAGCCACUACUAUGUCUCGGCAGAUAUUUUACAGAAAACCCACUAAGUAGAAUUUCUUCAUGCAGGAUUAGGUUUCUUUUUUUUUUUUUUUUGCACAGGAAACUCUUACUGAUGGAAGGAGUAAACAGAAUGAAAAGAUUUUGCUUUUAUUGGUCAAUGUGAGCUUUCAUUCUGCUGCUGAAUUUGAUAGAAAUUUCUAUGGUAAUGCAGAAGGAAAGUAAGUGGCAGCCCUUGCACAAAAUACUUGGUUCCUGUUCUGGCUCAAUCCCACCUUAAGUGCUCAGCUUUUCUCCACUGUAUCGAACACCUCAAAAAGGUGUGUGUUUACUUUACAAAAAAAAAAAAAAUCCUUUAUCUUUAUGGCUUUAAAUUGUUCUUGCAAAGUUAACACCGAUGUGCUUGAAGACUUUGGGGCCUAUAUAUAUGGUGAUGAAAGGGGGUAAGUAAUGCUACAGUAGUGCUUACAGCUGUAGUAGUCCAUCCAAUCCAAAACACAGCUGGUACAUAAAAACUUUAAGAACAUAUAGUGAUCAUUAUAUAUGAACUGUAUGAAGCUGAAAACAAUUCUCUCCUAAGAGGGAAGGGGAUUGCGGUGGGUGAGAAGAACAGGAGGAUCUUGGGAUUCAUGUAACUUAUUGGUCACUUGAUUCUAGGCAUAUUUGGGCUAUAUAUGCCCUGCUGUUUAGCAGUAUGUUAUUUUUCCUGGAAUUAUGAUAAUCUUAGAUGUCAUGAGCUGCACCUGUACUAUGGCUAUAAAUAAAAUGCUCCUUCUCUCUACUGAAGAGCAUCUAUCUACAUGUUGAACUUUCUAGGCGCUUAAAAAAAGCUAAACUUGAACACCUGGCUUAUCAGCAUGAUUUGAAUGCUUCUGGGUGCUCUGCAUUGCCUAACUUUAAUCCAACAUUUAUUGGAAAUUCAAAUGCCAAGCUGCAUUUAACAGCUUAACCUCAGCAUUUAAAGUGUGCUGCUAUGUUGUCAUGCUGCAGAUGCUUAAUUCCAAUGUCAGAAAUGACUAACACUUGAAAGCACUGUAAAUUGAGAUGUCUGCUAUGUGCUUAGCACUCCCUUGUGGAUGUAAACGGUACUAGAUGCUAAUCAUUCUUCACUGUUCUUGGAAAGAUAGCUACAGUUGGGGUAGUAACAAAAAGCUGUGCUAAACAUUUGCUAUGACCUGUAGCACUGGAUUUUUUUCAAAGGGAGGAAAAUCAAGACUCUUAUGUUAAUGUUAAGAUAAUACAGCCUUCAUAUAACUGAGAAACAAAGAUCAGUAAUAAAAUACUUUGAGUUCUGGAAUACUUCUAAGACAGAGAGAAUUCUGUUAAUUACAUCAUUGCAAAUCCUCUUACCCACAUCUUAAAUCUCAAUCUGUUCAAACUGACUUUCUCCCAUAAUCAGUGUCUGGGUAGAUAACUAAUCCUGCCUAAGUUUGGUACUGAACCAAAUCCUUUGUCUCUUUUUCAGCAGACAUGAAGUACGACUUAUGGCUCUGGAGAUCAGCUCCAUUAAUUUCAGUGCAAGAUGAAGUCUGUCUGCUUACUAUUCAAGGAACUUUCCCCACAUCUUUUUCUUAACUUACCAAAACUAUCUUAAAGAUUCAUGGGGUAACUUCAAUACACCCAUUAGAUUGAGCAGGUUUUUUAACAAAUAUUUGGAACUAGUUUUUGUUUCUGGCUGACUUCACAGCUGUAAAGCUCCAUUGACAUCUUUAUCUUUACAAAAUGUUUUGGACUUGCAUAGGAGUCUUCUGUAGGUGCACAACACUAAAAUGUGCUGUGUAAACUAAAACGUUGAAGUGCUUUCUAUACUGGGCACUAAAAUUAAUGGGACUUCUGUUACUGAAAAAAAGGAUCUUAAAAAUAAAUACUUCUGGCCACUAUUCAAAUGUGUUGCUGCUUAAGUGCACAUAAAAAUGUCCCAGCAUGCCACCAAAGUAAUUCUGCUUGUAAGUUAAGCUUCUUAUGUUACUUUAUGAUGCUUUCCAGUGCAAGGGAGAGAAGAGUGCCAAGACACUGAGACUGAACAGAAAACCUUUGCAUCUGUAGUACUUAAAAAGUAGGGAAGAUGAAUAAAUACAUUGGAGUGAUCGUAGUACUGCUUUUUUACAAGAAAUUAAACUACCACUACAAUUAACUUCCAAGUAAGGUAGAAUUGAAUUACAUGCAAUAGUGCUGUGAAGAAUGUAUGACUGGAAAGUAACAGGCACUAUAAAGUGAAGUGCUUAACAGUACAGAUGCAUGUCUGGUGUCAGCUGUACUGGUUCUCAUCCAUAAUAUCCCCUAUAAAUAUCCCCUAUAAGAAAAACAUCAGAAUAGGAGAUGCUUAAUAACCUUUUUUUUUUUUUGAAAAAAAAAAAAAACAAAAAACUUUUGUGAGCAGUUCCUCACUAGUAGUUCUUGAAACAUGAACAAAGUGCUGUGAUACUUACAAUAUACUGAACCUUGUCCUAGUUGGCUCAAGUUUCUAUGGAUUAAACUAUUUGUUUAAACCUUAUUAACCUAGAAAGUAUGUAAGCUAUCUCUGCCUAGCCUGAAAUACUUAUGAAAUGCUGCAGGAGAGAAGUUCUGCUUCUGAACUCACCUUUUAUUUCACCAACUAAUCUUUUAGUUAUAAAACACUUGAUGUUUUAAGAUGUAGUAAAUUAUGCAGCUUCUAGCACGGAUCUGAAAUAUGUCUUGAUGUUGAGGAUUCUUUCUCUCCUGAUGAAAGUUAUUGCUUAAAACCAGAAGACAGCUCAUUUUCAGUGAAAGUGUUUUAAUUCCUAGGGACUUGGAACUUAGCAAAUACUCUAAGAAGCUCACUUUCUGUGGUUAGUUGCUGUGGGCCAGCACUUAAAGAUGCAACCCAUUAAAGGAGGACAGGGCAAAACAGCUGUUGCUGGAAGAAUUCAGGUGACUCUUUGGUUGCGCGCUGCAGGUAGUCUUAACUAUACCAUAGUAGAAAAAUGCUUUAUUUAUACUAUUAUGCUUAGCUGUAUUCAAAUGUUGUGUUUUCAAAUGAUGUUCUACCACUUGGCACUGCCUUUCCUCUAGAUGAGCACUGAAUAUUUGUCCUUCACUUGCUGUAUGGUUGUUCAUAAUAGUUUAGUUCUGGUAAAUGUCAAUGGAAAAAAUGUGGCUCUAUUCUAUCUACAGUGCCUGAGGUAUUUUAUAAAGUCUAUGUGCAUGAGUUUCCUCUAGCAGAAAUGCUCAUCUUUCAAGCCAUGACUAUAUAAUAUUAAUUUCAGGUCUUGUAUUUGCCUUCUCUAUUAUAAGGUCUUUUAGUAUUGGUGAAACUGGGAAGAUUUUACAGGGGAAUCUACUUUGUGCUAACAGAUUAAUUUUCAGAAAGUAUUUUUGCCAAAACGUAUCUGAAGAUGACUUUUAUAUUAAAUGUGGUCAGAAACAAUUCUGAACUCAAGGCAGAAAGGUGACCCAGGCACCAAGCAUGCCUGUGCAGGGUAGUCUGUUCCACAUACGCAAUAAUGGAGAUGGAACACAGGUUUAUCUUUUUACUGGGAAAAAGGACCGGGUUUUACUUGCAUAACAGACUGAGCCAUCUUUGCUUGUCCUUUGGGGAUUCUUUCAGACCAAGGGCCCAGCACCAAAAGUAGCAGCAGUCAGAAAGUAUAGCAAAGAUCACUUCAGUCCUUUCCAUGCUUUUCUCUUUUGUAAAAGGCAGACCGCUGUAAAGCCAGUUAUCAGAGAGCCGUGUUUCAAGUCUGUAGUGUAUGUAAGCUGGUAUUACAUCCAGCGUGUGAGCUGAACUUGAAGUGAGUGGGUCUGUUUGCAUACUUAAAUUAUUAGGGGACAGUAGGAGUGCUAAGAAUAUGGCGGGGAAAUUUAUCUCCCUGCUUGCUUGCAACUCCACCCAGUGAAUUAUAUCUGUAUGGACCUUAAACAAUACAGCUGAACUUCAGCCUCUCCUCUACUUUGGUUAACUUGUUAUCAGGGCUUCUUUGUUACUGAAAAAGCUGGUUCUACAUUCCAUUUUUUCAUAGUUUAUGGCCAUUGAAAAUGCUGCUUACAUUUCGCAUAAGCUUCCUUGAGCUUCUAUCUUUAUUCACUUGCUUCUAUUAACUACCUUCUAAAUGGUGUGGUGCAGAAGAAUAAUUUACAUUUAAGAAAGCUUCAAAAUUAUGAAUCAAGCCAAAAGGUAUUUUUGCCAGACACAUCUUUGCACUACUUGCAAUUUGAAAUUAUUUUCAAGUACAAAACCUACCAUCCUGGGGCAUGCUUCUUUGUCAGAAAUCAAUUGCUUUGAGAAAUUCUUGCUCUGUGAAUGUUUAAGUUCAUUUUGGUUUAUUGACUGAUUCAGGAAGGGAAGUGUGGUAAAGAUGAGUUCUGGCUGUUUUGUAAGGCACCCAGGAACCUGAAAGAAAAAAAAGAAAAUAACGAUCUGUGGGCUGCAGAUCUUACGAUUUCCAUCUGACUUUAAGGAGAACUGCAGAGAACUCCAGAGGUUUCUGUUUAAAAACAACACAGGACAUCACUUCUGACUGCAAUAUGGUUCUGUUGUCAUCAGCCAACAGCUUUUCUUGUAUUACUUCUCCUAGGUUGAAUUCCUAGCUUUUUAUGUUAAUUGGAGCUACGUAUCCAGCUUAGGAAAACCUGUGCCAGAAGUGUCAUUGGCUGCUGAGGAACCAAAGGUGGUAAUACAGGAAUGCUGUGGGGUGUGCAUGCUUAGAUACCAAUCUAUGGCCACUUUCAAUUGUUUUUUUUAUGGCUUUGGGGUCCAGUUCUACAAACACAUGCAGCAUAACGCUAUUUUAAAAUAUGGUACUACUUUAGACCUUCUGUGCCGCAGUACCUAUUGAUGUCUGCAAACUGUGCAUCCUUUUUAUGCAAGUUAAUUCUAAUUAGCAAGAGUUAGCUCUCAAAUUGCAAAAUCUCCAGGAUAUUGUGACACUUUCUAGUAUGUCAACAAUUCUGGUUAAGUGGGUGACAACUCAGUGUUGUAGUUUGCUGUAUGCCAUGAUAUGCUAGAGUUGUGAUUUGUAAGACGCUGCAAUCUAUGUUCACUGUAUAAAAAACUGUUGCACUAGCUGUACUUAAAAAAAAAAAAAAGCAAUAAUGUAAGCAUCUUAUACUUUAUCUGAAAAGGUGCUAUCUGCCAUGAUCACUUGCACUAUUGACCAUGAAUUUGGUAAAAAUGUUAAAGAAAUUUGUCCAUUGUGGUUUACGCACUUGGCACGUAAGAGUUGAAACUUUUUAUGGUCAGCCUAUGUACUAAACAAAUGCAAUACUUUGGACUACUUACACGAACACGCAUCUUUUAAAAUCAAAAAUCUAUGUCCAUUUAUGGUGCUAAUAAUCUCUUAAAUUAUCAAGAAAAUUAUCAAGAGCUGGUAUUCUCACCCAUGAACAUGAAGCAAAGCUGUUUUGACACACUUUUCAAUAAAGCAAUUUCUCUAUAUUUUAA